AUGGCGCCUACCACCGAUACCCCUGUGUUUGACGACAAAAAGGUCACUGUCAUCUUUGUCCUCGGAGGGCCUGGUGCAGGCAAAGGAACUCAAUGCGCCAAACUCGUCGAGGAUUUCAACUUUUGCCAUCUUUCAGCCGGCGACUUGCUGCGUGCAGAGCAGAACCGCGAGGGGUCGCAGUACGGCAAGCUCAUCCAAACGUACAUCCGCGAGGGCACGAUCGUGCCGAUGGAGAUCACGAUCAAGCUGCUGGAGAACGCGAUGGGUGACGCGCUGGGCUCCAAGACGGGCGAGGGGUGGGGCGAGGGCAGGGGCCGGUUCUUGAUCGACGGGUUCCCGCGCAAGAUGGACCAGGCGGUCAAGUUUGACGAGUCGGUGUGCCUGUCUUCGUUGGUGAUCUUUUACUCUACGACGGAAGAGGUUUUGCUCGAACGUCUGACGGAGCGCGGCAAGACGAGCGGGCGUGAGGAUGACAAUAUCGAGAGCAUCAAGAAACGCUUCCGCACGUACCAAAACGAUACUAUGCCGGUAAUCGAAUACUACAGCGCGCAAGGCAAAGUGGCCGAGAUCGACAGCUCUCCAUCUAUCGAAGAGGUGUUUAAGAAAUCGACGGGGGUGAUCAAGGAAGUAUUUGCCGGGAAAUAUCAGAAAGCUACAUAG